AUGCAAGAGAAUGUCUUUCUCUUUGUGCCUAAUCUGAUCGGCUACUCGCGCAUCAUCCUCGCGGCGCUCUCCCUAUACUUUAUGGAGGGAAACCCAAAGAACUGCACAGUGCUCUACUGCAUCUCGUGUCUGCUUGAUGCAUUCGACGGCAUGGCCGCGCGCGCGCUGGGCCAGAGCACCAAGUUUGGCGCCGUCUUGGACAUGGUCACAGAUCGAUGCACGACAGCAUGCUUGCUCUGCUUCCUAACUGCUGCGUACCCCCGCGCCGCGAUCAUCUUCCAAGGGCUCAUCACGCUGGAUUUCGCGAGUCACUACAUUCACAUGUACAGCUCGCUUGUGAUGGGCUCCAAGUCGCACAAGACCGUAUCGAAGGAAGUAUCCAAAUGGCUGUGGUACUACUACAACGAUAGCCGCACGCUCUUCAUCUUCUGUGCCGGCAACGAGAUCUUCUUCGUCUGCCUGUACCUGAUGGCUUUCUACACACGGCCGCUGGGCAUCGAUCCAUUCUACCUGCUCCUGUCGCUGGGCCGUCGCAAUGCCGAGGCGAUCAUGCAGUCUGCGCUGGCGCAUCCGCUCAGCACGCACGCGCGCCUCCUCACGCUCGUCCGCGACCUCACAUGGCCGCAGCUCCUCGGCGCCGUCACGUUCCCGAUCUGCGCCGUGAAGCAGCUCAUCAACGCCAUUCAGUUCUGGAAGGCAGCCAAGACGCUUGCGCACAUCGACUUGGUCGAGAGGAACAAGAGCAAGUUGUGA